UGGGGGCCACACUGAGAGAGGAGGGGGCAGGGCCCUCAUACCUACGUCCAGAAGCCAGCUGCUGACGUUAGAGAGAAGAAAAAAGCAGAUGAGCCGGCACCAGGCACCAGCAGGAAAGGGAGAGGGAGCCAGAAAGAGAGAACACCAGGAUAGGAGGCGUGGAGGCAGACAGCCCCCAGCCUGCAGCCUCUGCCUAGGCUCUCCUGAGUCUGGACCCCAGGGUCCUGAGAGCUGCCCCCAGGAUGGGCGCCAGGGGAGCAGUCUUGCCCCCUCCUGUGUGGGGGCUGAUAGGCUGCUAUUUCGUCUGUAGCUGGGCUUUGGGGGGUCCACGACCCCUCCGCUCUCUGCCCCCUCUGUCUUCCCAAGUUGAGCCAGGAUCUGUGCCCAUGCAGGUGCCCCCAGAGGAGGCCGAGGCUGCCCUCGCUUAUCUUUACUCUGGAGAUGCCCAGCAGUUGUCGCAGGCGAAUUGCAGUGAGGGCUAUGAAGCGCAUGGGGCAGGAGCCAUGCCAGGGCUCCCCCCAACCCUACAGGGGGCAGCGGGCACCCUUGCCCAGGCCGCCAAUUUUCUCAACAUGCUGCUGCAAGCCAACGACAUCCGUGAGUCCAGUGUGGAGGAGGAUGUGGAGUGGUACCAGGCACUGGUCCGAAGCGUGGCUGAGGGGGACCCAAGAGCAUACAGGGCUUUACUGACCUUUAACUCUCCACCAGGGGCCAGCCACCUACAGCUGGCCCUGCAAGCCACCCGGACUGGGGAGGAAACCAUCCUUCAGGACUUGUCGAGGAACUGGGUGCAGGAGGAGAGCCCACCUGGGGACCAGGACACCCCAGCCCUGAAGAAGCGGGUGUUGACCAAUGACCUAGGGAGCCUCGGCAGCCCCAAGUGGCCACAGGCGGAUGGCUAUGUGGGGGACACGCAGCAGGUGAGGCUGUCUCCUCCUUUCCUGGAAUGCCAGGAGGGACGGCUCCGACCUGGCUGGCUGAUCACACUCUCUGCCACCUUCUAUGGACUCAAGCCAGAUCUCAGCCCAGAGGUCAGGGGGCAGGUGCAGAUGGCCAUAGAUCUCCAGAGUGUGGACAUCGAUCAGUGCGCAAGUGGCCCAGGCUGGUACUCCAGCACACACCUGUGUGAUCUCAACAGCACGCAGUGUGUCCCCCUGGAGAGUCAGGGCUUUGUUCUUGGCCGCUACCUCUGCCGCUGCAGACCUGGAUUCUACGGGGCAAGCCCCUCUGGGGGGUUAGAGGAGAGUGCCUUCCAGAGUACCGGGCAAUUCGGGUCCCCCGAAGGCAGAUCUGGGAGGCUGCUGCGGUGCCUGCCAUGUCCUGAGGGCUGCAGCAGCUGCAUGGAUGCCACACCGUGCCUGGUGGAAGAGGCCGUGGCGCUGCGGGCCACUGUGUUGGCCUGCCAGGCCUGCUGCAUGCUGGCCAUCUUCCUGAGCAUGCUGGUCUCCUACCGCUGCCGCCGAAACAAGAGGAUCUGGGCAUCUGGAGUGGUCCUGCUGGAAACCGUCCUUUUUGGAUUCCUGCUGCUUUACUUUCCUGUCUUCAUCCUAUACUUCAAGCCCAGUGUAUUCCGCUGCAUUGCUCUUCGCUGGGUGCGGCUGCUGGGUUUUGCAAUUGUCUACGGCACCAUCAUACUCAAGCUUUACAGAGUGCUGCAGCUGUUUCUGUCUCGAGCGGCCCAGCGGAGCACCCUUCUGAGCAGCAGGCGGCUGCUGUGGCGCCUGGGGCUACUCCUGCUACCUGUGCUGGGCUUCCUGGUUGUGUGGACCGUGGGCGCCCUGGAGCGAGGCAUCCAGCACGCACCUCUGGUGAUCCGAGGCCACACUCCCACUGGCCGCCAUUUCUACCUAUGUCACCAUGACCGCUGGGACUACAUCAUGGUUGUGGCUGAGCUGCUGCUGCUGUGCUGGGGCAGCUUCCUGUGCUACGCCACGCGGGCUGUGCUCUCCGCCUUCUAUGAGCCACGCUACAUGGGCAUCGCCCUGCACAACGAGCUGCUGCUUUCCACUGCCUUCCACACGGCCAGGUUUGUGCUGGUUCCCUCCCUGCACCCGGACUGGACCCUCCUCCUCUUCUUCUUCCACACCCAUAGCACAGUCACGGCCACACUGGCUCUGAUCUUCAUCCCUAAGUUCUGGAAGCUGGGGGCUCCUCCCCAGGAGGAGAUGGUGGAUGAGGUGUGUGAGGAUGAGCUGGACCUGCAGCACUCGGGCUCCUACCUUGGCAGUAGCAUCGCCUCAGCCUGGAGUGAGCACAGCCUGGACCCUGGAGACAUUCGGAAUGAGCUAAAGAAGCUCUAUGCCCAGCUGGAGGUCCACAAGACCAAGGAAAUGGCUGCGAACAACCCCCACCUGCCCAAGAAGCGGGGCAGUUCACGCCAGGGGCUGGGCCGCUCCUUCAUCAGGUACCUGGCAGAAUUCCCCGAGACCCUGGCCAGGCAGCACUCCCGAGACUCAGGCUCCCCGGGCCGCGGCAGCCUGCCUGGCUCCUCCCGCCACCGGCUCCUCAGCUCCAGCCUCCAUGAACCCGAGGGGACACGGGCUCGCAAGUCCCGCAGCACCUAUGACCAGCGCAGGGAGCAGGACCUGCCUCUUUUUGACUCACUGCUGAGGAGGAAGCUGGCCAAGAAGGCCUCUCGAAUAGAGAGCCAGGAGUCUGUGGAUGGGCCCCCUGCCCUGGGCUUCAGGUCGGCCAGCGCCCACAACCUGACAGUGGGAGAGAGGCUCCCCAGAGCCCGGCCUGCCCCUCUGCAGAAGUCGCUCAGUGUGGCUGGCUCCAGGGAAAAGGCCUUGCUCAUGGCCAGCCAGGCCUACCUGGAGGAGACCUACCGGCAAGCAAAGGAGCGGGAGGAGCGGAAGAAGGCCGAGGCAGCCAUGGCCAGCCUGGUGCGGAGGCCAUCGGCCCGGAGGCUGGAGCAGCCUCGAGGGCCCCCCCUGUCAGCUCCACCUUCCCCUGCCAAGAGCAGCAGCAUGGACAGCUCUCACAUCUCUGGAAGGCUUCACCAGGAGGCUGGGAGCAGGCUGCCUCACCCACCCAUCCGGCACCAGGUCUCCACCCCCAUCUUGGCCCUGUCUGGGGCCUGCCUGGGAGAGCCAAGGAUGCUCUCUCCCACCUCCACCUUGGCUCCAACUCUGCUGACAGCUUUAGCUCCAACCCCAGCCCCUGCCCUGGCACCAGUCCCAGUAGCCCCCCAAAGCCCCAACUUACUCACCUACAUCUGCCCCUGGGAGAACGCAGAACUGCCGGUCAAGAAAGAAAAUGUGGCCCAGGAAGGCCCCUCAGGGCCAGAGCGAAGCCACCCUUCUCCUGCCCCCGCUCGAGCUAGGCUCUGGAGGGCUCUCUCUGCUGCAGUAGAGAAAAGCAGGGCUGGGGAGAAUGAGAUGGACACUGGAGACGCGCACCUCCAGAGGGAAGCUAAUGACAUGGAGCGGUCCAAGAUCUUCCUGAAAUCCCACAGCCUCAAGGCCCCUGUUCAGCAGGGUUCCAUGCACAGCCUGGGGCUGGCGAUUAGAGCUCUGACCCGCUCUCGGAGCACCUACAGAGAGAAGGGGAGUGUGGAGGAGAGUCCUGAGGGGCAGAAUGGCAGGGCUGUGGGAGAGAGUGUGGGGGCAGCCUCCCGAUCGCCCAGGCUAGGCCGGCCCAAGGCGGUGAGUAAGCAGGCCGCUCUUGCCCCCUGCGAUGACGAGGAGUCCCUUCAGAACCAACAGAAUGCUCACACCAGCAGGAUGCUCCAAGUCUGUCAACGGGAGGGCAGCAGGGAACAAGAGGACAGAGGCAGGAAGACGCUCCAGGGUCUAGGGGAGCAGAAAGCUGAGAUAGCAGGUAAAACAGGGCUUGCCACGCUCCAGCCCCUGGGUAGUGCUGACCACAGGGUGGCAGAGGUAUGCCCCUGGGAGAUCACUGAAUUAGAAACGCAUCAGCCGGACAGUGGUAGCAAGGCCGAAAUCUGCCCCUGGGAGAUGAGUGAAGCAGCCCCUGAGUUGAAGGCACUAAGACAAGACCCAGGUGACUCCCAAGAAAAGAGGGUGGGGGCCCCGGGAAAAUCGGAGCCCACCGAUGUGGCUGCCAUGAUGAGGAAAAGAUCAGAGAGGCUGGUGAGGGAGCAGGAAGCUGUGUGUCCCUGGGAGAGUGCCGAUCAUGGAGGUCUUUUCCCUGGGUUAGCUCCUCAGGACCCUGGCAGAAUCAGAGACAGAUCUGAGGCAGAGGGCAGUGUGGAGGCCAGGAAUGUGAAGAAGCCUGCGGGGCAAGCUGCUGGCCCAGUCACUCAUACACCUGACAUCGCCAGGGCGGAGCUGUGUCCCUGGGAGGCAAGUGAAAGAGGCGAGGGUGGGAAACCAGCCCAAGAGGUGGUAAAGGAUCUCUCUCAAGAAAAGCAGAAAACCAGGAAAGAAACCUUUUGGAGAGAACAGAAACUGGGUGGAGACUUGGAGUCUCUCUGUCCGUGGGAAAGUACAGAUUUCCGGGGCCCCUCAGCAGUCUCAAUUAAGACCCCAGGAAGCUCAGAGUGUUCAGGGAGUCUGGGUAGCGGCAUUGCUGAAGUGUGUCCCUGGGAGGCAGGAGAUGCUCCUGCUGUCGGGAAAGGAGAGAUCUGUCCCUGGGAGCUGGUUGAUAAGGUGAUGGGGCAGGAAACACUGAAUCUGGGAACAGGUGGAGAAUCUCUCCAAGAAAAGGAAAAGGCCUCCAGAAAAGGAAGCUUUGGAGAUAUGGGGGAACAAACUGUGAAAGCAGGGCAGAAAUUAAGUCAACAGCAGGAGUCGGUGUGUCCCUGGGAGAGGACGGUCCCUGGGCACUCCAGCCCAUGUCUAGACAAUUCCUCAUCCAAAGCUGGUGGCCACUUCCUAUGCAGUGGAGGACGCAGAGCAACGCAGACAUGUCCACAGGAAGAUCUCAGGCCGGAGGCACAGGAAGCAACACCUGCCAAGGCCGAAAUCUGUCCCUGGGAGGUAAAUGAAAGAACAAUAGGGGAAUGGACAUCAGCACAGGCACCAAGAGGAGGAGAAUCUCAAAAGGACAAGGAGAAAAUGCCUGGAAAAUCAGAAAUACAAGAUGUCACAGCUUGGGAAAAGCCUGCAGGGCAGAUCCAAAAGCAGGAAGCAGUCUGUCCCUGGGAGAGUAUGGACCUUGGCAGCUUCUCACCACAACCACGUCCUCAAGAAACAGAGAGACCCCAAACUCAUCUCCAGAUGUCAGGCAGCAUGGGAAGCAACGCUGCCAACAUUUGCUCUUUGGAUGUGAAGGAAAUCCUGACUGCUGGGAAGGCAGAAAUCUGUCCCUGGGAGGUGGGUGCUGGAGCAGGGGAGGAAAGCGCUGUGGGAGUCAAGGACAUUAGGAAAUCCCCAAAUGAUAUAGUAAAGGCUUCUGCAGUUCUUCCACCCAGGGAGACAGCUGUUACUGCUCCAGAGAAGCCACAGAAGCCAACCCCAGAGUGGGAGGUGGCUUGUCCCUGGGGCAGUGUGGGUCCAGGGGCCUCCUCUCAGCAUUCAGAUACUCUGGAUGCUGAUGGACCAAAAUCUGAGUUCCAGGAACUGGACCAUGCAGGGUGCAGGCCUGCUAAGGCGUGUCCCUGGGAAGUGCAGGAAGCUGCUAUCAGUGAAAAAGCCGAGAUCUGUCCCUGGGAGGUGAAUGAAGGAACUAUUGGGAAAGGAUUAGACAAAGAGACAGGGAGUGAAUCAGCAGAGCAGAGGGAGAAAGCUCUAGAAAAGGGGGAACUCACUUCCCUGGGAGAAGAUCUAUCAAAAGGGAUGACAAAACUGUGUCAAGAACAGGAAGCUAUUUGUCUUUGGGAGAACCAGGACUUGAGGGAAUCCCCUGCUUGGGCCCCCAAGAUCUCAGACUUGCCCACCAGCAUGAGUAGUGAAGUGGCAGAGGGACAUUCCUUGGAAGCAACAGAGAAGGGAGACCUGAGACAAGACGCAAAGACAGGUUCCUUCUCAGAACAUGUAACCCAAGAAAAAGCUCCAGCUUCAAAUGCAGAAGAAUCCACUCCUGAAGAUGAGGAAAAAACAAGCAAUGAGCUACAAUCUGUCUGUCCAUGGAAGAGCAGUGCGCCAGCAAUUUCCUUCUCCUACCCAGACAGACAGUGCCCUGACCAACCUAAAGCCAGCUCCCAGAAACUGGUCAGCACGGGGGGCAGAGCCAUUGAUGUGUGCCCAUGGGAUGUUCCUGAUGCAAGCAUGUAUACACUUGACAGCAGUGCCAAGGUCAAGACCUGUCCCUGGGAAGUGACUGACAGAAUCCCUGUCAAAGAGGUGUCAAGACAGGAUGGAAAAGGGGACUCUCAAGAAGAGAAAGACAGAGACCCAGAAAAUUCAGAACCCAAAGGUGUGCCAGUUCAGAAAAAGUCAGAGAUGGAGGAGGAGGCUGUGUGUCCCUGGGAGAGUCAAGAUGGCAGGGGACUGCCCCUACAGCCAGCCCCAGAUGCUUCUGACAGCAGCAGUUCUGAGGCAACAGGCAGUGUGGAGACCAGCGUGGCGGAAGUGUGUCUGUGGGAAGUGGAAGAGGCUCCCUCCGCCAAGGAAGCAGAGAUCUGCCCUUGGGAGGCAGGUGGAGGAGCAGCAGAGGAAGGGGGACUAGAACAGGAGGUGGAACAAGAAUCACAAGGGCAAGGAGAGAUGUUCCUUUAGAAGGUAGGUCCUGGAGAGACUGAAGAACACUUCUCAAAAGCAGCAGCAGAGCCCAGAGAACAGGAUGCAGUCUGCCCUGGGGAAGGCACAGGCUCAGGGGGGCUCUUGCUCCAGUCAGGUGCUCUGGACCCCGACCAACUUAAAGUCAGCCCCCAGGGAGCAGGCAGCGUGGGGAGCAGGAUGGCAGAGCUGUGCCAAUGGGAAAUCACAGAUCCAGAAGGAAAUAAAAUAAAGGGUACCAUGGCAGACAUCUGUCCUGGGGAGGAAACUGGAGUCCCAUCUAAGGAAUCUGGCCUCCUGGCUUUAACAGCAACUCGGACAGAAUUUUUCCCCACAGCUCCUGAAAAACCACUAUGCCUUUUAGUCCAUGGGCCUCUGGACCACUUCCUUCCAGAAAGCAAAAUCCUUUGCCCCAGGGUAAGCAGGCCAGCCAGUACUACCACUCUAGAAGGUGUCAGAGAACUACAAGGAUCUUCAGGGCUUGAAUCAAGGACCAGCUUAGCCCCAGAGCCAAGUCUCCAGGAAGGCGAGGCUCAGUCUUCCUCCUUAACUGAAGACCCAGGCCAAAUAGCUUUGGAAGCUCAGCAUGAAGAAUUUUCCCCUCCAAUGGCCUACCCUUGGGACUGGGAGUAACAGCCUUCUUAGGUGAGGUCAAACACAGAGCUAGCUUUCAGGAGCCAAGGCCCUUCCCAAGCCUAAGAGUUCCCAAAGAGCUGAAUCAAAGACAGCUUGGUCACUUCCCCUCCUUGAGAAGACCAGAAGCAACUCAUCCCAAAGACGAAGUGUAUGAAAAGGGUAUAGUUUGGACCCCAAUGGGAAGGCCCACCCUGUCUUUACUUCUAAUUUUUCUUCCUGUUGGAGGAAACAAAGACUGUACAUUGUUUCUAAGGACUCCUCCCAUCCAUCUACGAUACUCACAGCACAAACCACCUGAGUCUGGACACUUACCGCAAAGCCAGUGUUAGGGAUGAAAGGAAGUCAGCUGUGGCCAGCCUACCUUCUCUCACGGGGAGACCCUGAAUUCUCUGAAGUCUACGAUGGAGCAUUUUUUUAAGAAGAAACUAAACAAUACAAAGUGUUGACAACAUAGGGACGGUGGACCAUAGAAGGCUAUAAAGUCCACCAUAGGAAGCUGAGGAGCCAUUUAAUUGAAGAUAAAUUGGAGGAAAAGCUAAAAUGACUCAAAAUAGGCACCUGAAAUGCCUUAAGGACCUUGUCAUUUUGAUUUUGAAUCUCCUGUUUCUGCUUUAUUGCUUCUCAUACCUGCCCUGUGUGGCUGCUGAAGCAGAAACAAUCAGGCACACUGACAUCCAUUUCAGCACCUGGCAUCCAAAGCCGCAUCAGAGACAGAGAACACAGAAGAAAGCAAUUUCCCCAGGUGCCCCCACAGCCAAGGGAGUUCUUCCUUCCAGACAUCCUUGUGCGCCUCCUGCUAGUUUUUUAGGGGGUCUCCCCAUCUUCCUGCCCCAGCUCUUACCAGUCUCCAGAGCUCCUCUCACUGGCUUAUUUGCCUCCCCCUAGCUUUUCAGCACUGCCAUCAACAGGACCCUCUCUUUUGUCAAUGCACUUGGAGUCAAGGGGAAUCUCUGGUUCUGAUGCAAGGACCCCUCCCCGCCCAAAUCACUUGCUCAGUAACAAGAGGACACAUCGAUCUCCUUUCAGAGGAGCUCAAGAAAGGCAGUCCUGUAUACAGCCAGAACUCCACUUCUGCCCUCUGAAAGAGGAGUGCAGUGGGGCAGGUUAGAAGCCUGAGGGCCAGGAAAAGGGCACUGUGUGAAGACAAAGCCUUCUUUCUUAGGGAGCUCUCUCUUGGCUCGGCUUCCUUCUCUCAACAGUUCAGGCUACCCUUGCUUAAGCAGUACUAGAUUACAAAGUGCUGGGAUUAGAUGAUAAUACCAGAGGGAAAUGAGGAAGGCGAAAACAUACAAAAAAGUCCCAAGAUUGGCAAAGGGAGGUGGGGGAGGGGGAAAGUGGCAGCUAGAGAUGGCAGAGCUGGACAGGGGCACUAAAGAUGGCAGUAAGUCACACCUUCUAACAGUACAGACAUCGAUGUCAUUCAUGGGGAGAAAAAGACGAAACAGGGAGACCAAAUAUGCAAAGGGAAAAAAAGAGCUGCAACAUCUAGUCUGCAUGUAAAUAUGCUGGGCGGUUAUGGGACUUCACAGAGAAAGUAGCAAAGUACUACAUUUCCAAAAGGGAACAGAGGAAUGGAGUAACCCACUCUCCAUUGGGGACCAGAUGUCCUCAGUCCCUUACCUAGGGCCCUUAUCUUGGGCUUUUAGAGCAGUAACUGAAGUGUGGUGUUGUCCUGGGCUCUGACUAGUUAGCCUUACAGCUUCUGAGCUACUGUGGAUUUUGCUGUGCACCCCAAAACAAUCCCAUUGAGUCUGGUCUAGCUGGAAACAGCAAAGUUGCUCCCAAACCCACUCUUGUGAAAUAAA